AUGUCUAAGGAUUCAAUUAUUACUAUAUCUGGGAAGCUAGGCUCCAAUUCUCAACUUUCAUCACAAAGCUCUGAAAAUCACCAGCUGGCUCCUAUUCAAAAGUUACUUUUUAAGGCUGUUGUUAUGCCUAUUGCUGACAUCAUUAAACUUGGAUCUAUAUGCACUUUGUAUAAGAUUGAGAUUGAAGUUUGUCACACAGGGAAGAGUUGUAACUUUGUAUUUUGUAAUAGAGAAUGCAAGCUACUUUUAGGUUUAUCUUCUGCUCAGUUGCGUCAUACAAUGAUCCAGGAUGGAAUUCAUGAUCCAUUGGAGUUCUCAUUAGCACUCGAUCAAAUGUUGGAUUUGGAGAUAACUUUUAAGGUCAAGUGGCAGCCGCGUUGGAAGAACUGCUCAGUUGUUAUGAUCCUGAAAAAUGACCCUUUCAUCAAACAGCUCGGCGAUCAAUUGGAAACAAUUGAGAAUUUUGAUAUCACAUCCAAGCACAACUCAGGUCCUAUUACGCCUCCUGGAAAAAGACAGUUUCUAGAUGCAUCGAGUGAAUCAACAAGCUCGGAAGGGUUUUGUGAUGGAGAACUGUCAUCAAACAAGCUCAAGAAUAUUAUCAAAGUGGAGAAGAAUGACUAG